ACAUGGUUUGGUUUGUCUACAUCGGGUCAAAACCACCUACAUUCAAAUCGUAGCACGUAGCAUUAAAUAGUGAAAGCAACAACAGUCCAAACAAAAUGGAAACAACAUUACCCGUGCUGAGAAAUGCGCAGAUUGGAAGACAAUAUGGAAAGAUGCCUGAAUACACACGGGAUAACUGUGCACCUUUGGGCAAAGAAUUCUUCGACUCAAUGGAUCGCGUUGACGAGGGAGCCUUGGCGAGGCUGAUAGUUGAAAUGCAGUUGAAUACGUUACAAGACUUGCCCGACCUACGCACGUUGUUCUUCAGGAGAAGACAACAACAGAUGAACUAUGUUGCAGCACAGUACGGUAGGAUUCCGGCAGCGUAUCGCGUUCAACAGCAAUAUUCUCCAGUCUCUCGAGCGAAAUCAUGGGCCAUGCAUGCCUGAUAUGUCAGUGUUGUUGUCAAGGAGGCGACCGAUUACCACAAUUUGACCAUGGACAUGUUUGGUCUCGGAUGAAAUCGUUGUAAAUAGGCCGACCAAAGAAGAGUAUUUAUGUUUCAAAAGACUGUGGCAGCCAGUGGACGACAGCGGAACUGUUCUAUUCAAACUCCAUUAAAUUUAAUACCUAACAAGGAAAACCGGAUAUUUUUUUCUCAGCAAAACAACUAGAGAUAUGAGACUUUGGAACAUUUCAAGCAAAUUGUUCAAAUCUUUAGCAUAAUAUUCAUGGACGAAACCGCAGAGGGGAACAAUGGUAAGAGUGUUCAAAUAUUCAAAUAUCGCCAACCUAAAAAGUGUAAAAAACCCUGCUAUUGUGUUGUGUAAAGAUUGGCAGGCAAGGAUAUGCCACGUCGUGUACAUAUGAUUAAAAAAAGUACCCUUAAUUUAAGAAAACUACGAUAUUUUUGUAUAGUUCAAAGACGCCAUGAGAAAGAUAUGAAGAGAGCACACAAGAACAAAAUUAAUUGCGUGCGUGACAAAGAAAAAAAAUUAUUUACAAAUGUGAAUUUGCCUUAGUAGACUUGUAAUAAUCGAAUGGAAAUAAAAGAUUUGCAUAAAACUCA